CAAAAUGAGUUCCAUGCUGACCAGUGCCAUCAGAAACCUCCCUGCUUCCUCAGCAUGGGCUGCCAGGGUCUUUGCUCGGUCGCUCAGCUGCUCUUCACAGCUACAAGCCGCAGCAGUCCAGCCUAAGAGUAAGAAGACCUUAGCCAAAAGCGGUGUGAAGAAUAUCGUUGUGGUAGAGGGCGUCCGUAUUCCAUUUUUGCAGUCUGGCACCUCGUACGCAGAUCUUAUGCCACAUGACUUAGCAAGAGCAGCACUGCAGGGGUUGCUGAACAGGACCAGUGUCCCAAGGGAUGUUGUUGAUUACAUUGUUUAUGGCACAGUUAUCCAGGAGGUGAAAACGAGUAAUGUUGCCAGAGAGGCUGCCUUGGGAGCGGGUUUCUCUGACAAAACUCCAGCCCAUACCGUCACCAUGGCUUGCAUUUCUUCAAACCAGGCUAUGACCACAGGCGUGGGUAUGAUUGCGGCUGGACAGUGCGACGUCGUCGUAGCGGGGGGUGUGGAGUUAAUGUCAGAUGUUCCCAUUCGUCACAGUAGGAAGAUGAGGAAGACUAUGCUGACUCUUAACCGAGCCAAGACCUUGGGCCAAAAGCUCUCCCUGAUUUCCAAAAUCCGCCCUGACUACUUUGCUCCUGAGCUCCCAGCUGUGGCAGAGUUCUCCACCAGCGAGACCAUGGGGCACUCUGCCGAUCGUUUGGCUGCUGCCUUUGCCGUUUCCCGUUUGGAGCAAGAUGAGUAUGCCCUCCGUUCACACACACUAGCCAAGAAAGCCCAGGACGGAGGUUUGCUAUUUGAUGUGGUACCCUUCAAAGUGCCAGGCAAGGAUACAGUUACCAAAGAUAACGGGAUCCGUCCUUCCUCGAUGGAGCAGAUGGGGAAGCUGAAGCCGGCUUUUGUCAAGCCGUACGGAACUGUCACGGCUGCCAACUCCUCCUUCCUGACAGACGGGGCCUCGGCGAUGCUGCUCAUGUCUGAGGAGAAGGCUCUGGCGAUGGGAUACAAACCGAAGGCCUACCUAAGGGACUUUGUGUACGUGUCCCAGGAUCCAAAGGACCAGCUGCUACUGGGUCCAACUUACGCUACUCCCAAAGUGCUGGAGAAGGCUGGGCUAACCAUGGCUGAUAUCGAUGUGUUUGAAUUCCACGAAGCCUUUGCUGGGCAGAUUCUGGCUAACCUGAAAGCUAUGGAUUCAGACUGGUUUGCACAAAACUACAUGGGCAGAAAGUCAAAG